ACGAAAAAUGGCUGACCUAAUUACAACCGCUGCUGCUCUGAUUCUGUCUGCAAUCUUCAUCUUCUUGUUCACUAAUCAGCAGAAAUCCAGAAAUAGCAAAUCAAUUAAACUUCCACCUGGCCCUAGAAAACUUCCUAUAAUCGGAAAUCUCCACCAAAUUAGCAAUCCUCCCUUCCGCUGUUUUAGAGAUCUAUCCAAUCAGCACGGCCCCUUAAUGCACCUCAAGCUCGGCGAGUCCAACGUCGUCGUCGUCUCGUCACCUGAUUUGGCCAAACACAUUCUUAAAGAUCUCAACCCUAGCUUCACCGAGAAGCCGCAGCGCGUGUUCUCCGAUAUCAUGCUCUACCACUCGAGCGACAUCGCCUUCAGCCCCUACGGCGGCUACUGGCGCCAGAUGAGGAAGCUCUGCAUCAACGAACUUUUGAGCCCUAAAAUGGUGCAGUUGUUCCAAUCCAUCCGAAGCGACGAAACGUCGCGGUUGAUGGACUCCUUGCGGGAAUCUUCUGGAAGGAUUGUGAAUUUGACGGAGAAGAUCUUCUCCCACUCGAGCUCCGUCACUUGCCGCGCUGCGUUUGGCGGCGUCGUUGUGGAUAAUGAGGCGUUUCUGAAGCUGACGGCUGAUGCGACCGCGAUGGCCUCAGGCUUUGAGAUUGCGGAUAUGUUUCCGUCGUCGCGAAUCAUUGGCGCGUUGAGCUGGACGAAGCGGCGGCUCAAGGAGAUGCGGUGGGAGCUUGAUGUGAUUCUGGAUAAUGUGAUCGAUCAGCAUAGGAGAAAUCGGGUGGAGAAUGAAUUGGGGAAUUCGGAGUUUGGGAGUGAGGAUUUGGUUGAUGUGUUUCUUAGAGUUAAGGAAGAAGGGAAGCUGCAGUUUCCCAUAGACAAGGACAACAUCAAGGCUGUGUUGCAUGAUGUUUUCGUUGCCGGAACUGAUACUUCAGCAGGAACUAUUGACUGGACCAUGACAGAACUGUUGAGGCACCCUCAAGUGAUGGCAAAGGCACAAGCUGAAGUAAGACAAGCUCUAAAAGGAAAUAGUACUGAACAAAACGACAUAGUUCGUAAUCUGAAAUAUCUAAAACUAGUGAUCAAAGAGGCACUGAGGCUGCACCCUCCAAUUCCGAUGUUGUAUAGAGCUUCCAAGGAAGAACAUAUGAUGAAUGGAUACACCAUACCUGCUGGAGAAAAGGUGACGAUAAAUAUUUGGGCAAUGCAUAGGGACCCGAGGUACUGGAAAGACCCAGAGAUGUUCAAGCCCGAGAGAUUCGAGAAUCAAUCUUUGGAUUUUGUAGGUGGUGAUCAUUAUCAUUUUCUGCCGUUUGGAGCUGGCAAAAGAAUGUGCCCUGGGAUAACAUAUGGUUUGGCUAAUGUCGAGUUUACUCUAUCACAAUUGCUCUACAACUUCGAUUGGGUACUUCCGACAGGUGUCAGAGCUGAGGAUUUAGACAUGACUGAGAAUAAUGGGUUGACAGCUGCAAGAAAACACAAUUUAUCUGUGGUCGUUACUCCAUAUAAUUAAUUAGCUUAUGCAUCCUUUGAUACCGACCACAACCCCAACGGCUCUGUCACCUGAGCCAGAACGCUUCAUAGAUUUUAUCUGAUCUUAAAAUAUCCUAUUUUUAUUUUUCUUGUUUCUUUCCUAGAGAUAAAUAAAUAUGCUUAUCUAAGAAUAUUAAGUUAAAAUAAUUAGCAUGUGUAUCGUAUUAUCAAAGAAAUAAAUUAUAUGUAAUUGUUAUUAUUAAUGUUUAAGAAUUAAAUUAAAA